CGUGAACAUUAUUCACCUUCACGUGGCUAGAAGAGGGGUCUGUUUUAGAUUGUGAAUUGGCAUUUUUACGCCGAAAUGAGCAAUUACAGGGGUGACAUCAUUGCAUCAUUGCAUUUCUAAGCACGUGCGGAGUACUUAUUGCUCUUAAGGACUAUUCCACUGCAGUUCAGACCUCAUUUUCCUCCCUAUUAUUCGAGAUGACAUCCAAAGCAUUCGCUAUCAUUGCUGGAGUCGGUCCGGGCACGGGCGCCUCUAUUGCCCGCAAGUUCGCUCAAGCAUACUCAGUUGUCCUGCUAGCUCGCAACCCCGCCAACUUUGAGCCGGUGGUUAACGAGAUCAACUCCAAUGGCGGUCAGGCUGUAGGGUUUAGCGCGGACUUGUCAGAUUCGCAGAGCAUCCGAGCCGCCUUUGACAAGAUCUCGCAGCAGUAUGCGGAUUCUCCGUUGGUUGCGGCUGUAUUCAAUCCCGGUGGAGGGUUUGUCCGAAAGCCCUUCUUGGAGUUGACAGAGAAGGAGUUUACCACAGGAUAUGAGAGUCAAGGAAAAGGGGGCUUUCUCUUCGCCCAGAGUACUCUUCCACUCCUCCUCAAGGCUAAGGAAGCGACAUUGAAGCACCCGCCAACUUUGAUAUUCACUGGAGCAACCGCCAGUCUGAAAGGCUCCGCAACAUUUUCGGCCUUUGCCUCCGGCAAGUUUGCACUGAGGGCGUUGGCGCAGUCCCUGGCACGGGAGUUUGGUCCACAAGGCGUACAUGUGGCGCAUGUCAUCCUCGAUGGCGUCAUUGAUAUACCCCGGACGAAGAGCUGGACCUUUGAGCAUGAAGAUGCCAAGAUUGACCCUGUGGCUAUUGCCGAUUCUUACUGGCACCUGCAUACACAGCCACGGACAACAUUUGGGUUCGAAUUGGAUCUCCGGCCGUAUGUGGAGAAGUGGUGAGAUGACCAUGCGGAGAAGACCGUAGAAGACUUCUAAGCGAGUUACUUAAACAACAGAUAGCAAUAAAUCUGCUGCCUCAUAUACAUCGCAC